AUGCCCUCGACCCACGUCUUUCCCCAAUCUCGAACUUUGCCCCAAAGUUCUUCGCCUGACCUCUUUGCCGGAGAAUUGCCAUGGUCGAACACAAGCUUUGGUGACCCUUACGCGGAGACUGCAGCAACAUUACCAAUAUCCUCCAACUCCGUCUCCGGCGAUACCUGCUCCGGGAAGGCCAUGCCAGUGCACUCCUUCUCUGUCAGCCCCUUCCCGAGCCUGCUCCAGGCAGGAGUGGCCUCGUCUCCGAAAAGAAAAGUGCAAUUAAUGGCCAAAAAUCUGAUUGGAAGGAGCGUAGAACUAAGAACAACAAAAUGCUUUCUUUAUUCUAAAACAUUCACAUCGAUAGGAUUAUUGGAAUCUAAUGAAACACAAGAAGGAGAAAAACAUUCUUUUAGAGUGUCUUACCUCAUAAACUCAUGCGGGUUGUCCCCAAAAUCUGCUACUUUAGCAUCCCAGAGAGUGAACUUUGAGAACCCAGAGAAACCAGACUCAGUGCUUAAUCUUCUCAAAGAACAUGGAUUCACCAAUACCCAGAUCUCCAAACUUGUCAGGGUACAUCCACUCUUGCUUUUAUCUGAUCCUGAGAAGACCCUUUUGCCCAAGAUUGAGUUUUUCCGUUCUUUGGGGGUUUCGAGCUCUGACCUCCCUGGGAUCCUCUCUUCAACCCCAUUUUUGUUUGUGAGAAGCAUAAAGAGACAAUUAAUCCCCUGCUAUGAUUUCCUCAAGAGUGUACUUCUUGUCGAGGAGAAAGUCCUUACAACUUUGAAGCGCACACCACGGGCUUUUCUAUGUAACGUGACAAAUAAUAUGUCUCCUAACAUUGCACUUUUGAGACAACUUGGAGUGCCUCAAUCUGCCAUUUCUUUCUUGGUAAGUAAUUAUCCUCCUGAAGCGUUCGCUACGCAUACUAGGUUUGUUGAGGCUGUCGACGAGGUUAUGGAAAUGGGAUUCGAUCCAUCAAAAACGGUGUUUGUCCUGGCAAUCCAAGCGUUAGUGAAGAUGCGUAAACCAAAGUUGGAGUCAAAGUUGGAGCUUUAUAAGAGGUGGGGUUGGUCGAAGGACAUGGCCCUCUCAGCAUUUAAAAGGAAUCCAAAUUGUAUGCUUUUAUCAGAAGAGAAGAUCACGAAAACAAUGGACUUCCUCGUGAACAAAAUGGGCUCCCCAUCUGCUCAUAUUGCUAUAAAUCCUUCAGUUCUAUUUUUCAACUUGGAGAAGAGGAUAAUGCCUAGGUUUUCAGUUAUUCAGAUUUUACAAGCGAAGGGUUUGGUCAAGAAUGAUUUGUCCUCAGCACGUAUCAUACAACCUAGUGAGAGGUGCUUUGUGGAGAAGUUUUUGAUCAAAUUUCAGGACGAUGUUCCUGAACUGUUGAAUGUGUAUCAGGGUAAGAUGGAUCUUGUGGAGGUUGGAAGUCAAUCUGAGAAUGUGUGUGGUGCUAAACAGUUGUAACAUUUUUGACUUCCAACUUAAGAGCUGGAAGAGGGUCUUGCAGAGGCAGUAACAUAGAGAAUUUGGCAGGAGAUCACAAGGUGGUGGACUGGUGGGAAUGUGUUUAGUCAACGAAAUGUUGACCUCAUACACAACUAUUUGGAAUGAAUUCACCGAUGGUUGGUUUUGUGUCAAGGCCAUGUCGGACGUAGUUGAACUUUGUGGGAUGUGGUGUGGACUAGUGCUAGUGAGUCGCACGUGAAGGCUUGGAGAAAUAAUAAUUAUUAUUGUUAUUUUUUAUUUUUUUAUAUGACCUCAAUUCUCAA